GCCGCUGCUGGCCGGUCCUCGCCCGUUCCCUUCGGACGAUAGAUAAUACGCGUAGCAGCCGCCCCAAAAGUCAUCCUGCUGCUAUCCCUUUGCGAAGCCCUGCCAUCUCAUACACGAGGCGUAGAAGAGCUGCCUGCCGGCGGAUGCAUAACAUUGAGCAAGAAUGGUCUUCCUGUUGGACUACGUGAGGCACCGAAGGGAGUGUCAGUUCAAGCAACAACAACGCGCCGACAGGAUUUCCUCCCUGUCAUCCUAUCAUGGGCCUUUGACCGAUGCAGACCGUGAGACGGUCAAUAAGCCCAUACAGAGCCUCGUCUCGGGAGUCCACAAUGGUAUCAUCCAGCCCUUGGACAUCCUGCGGACAUACGGGAAGGUGGCUCUCAAGGCUCAUGAAAAGACCAAUUGCCUCACCGAGAUCAUGCUGCCUGACGCGGAGAGAUGGCUCCAGGAGGGCUCGUCGAUCAACCUGAAGGGACCGCUCGCAGGCAUCCCCGUGUCUCUCAAGGACACAAUUGUCGUCGGCGGUUACGAUGCUACCGUCGGCUACUCGUCGUUUGUUGGGAACGCGAAGCCGAAAGACGGUGCCCUCGUAAGGCUUUUGAAGGAUGCAGGCGCGGUGCCCUAUGUCAAGACCAACGUCCCCAUCUCCUUGCUGAGCUUUGAAUCGACCAACGACGUGUGGGGCCGGACCACGAAUCCUCACAACCCCAGGUACUCGCCCGGCGGGUCCACCGGCGGCGAGUCGGCGCUGCUGGCCCUUGGCGGCAGGAUAGGAAUUGGGUCGGAUGUGGCAGGUAGCGUGCGAGCCCCUGCACACUUUGCAGGCUGUUAUUCGCUGCGCUGUUCUACUGGGAGGUGGCCUAAGCAGGGCGUGUUCACAAGCAUGCCUGGCCAAGAAGGCGUGCCAAGCGUGUUUAGCCCCAUGGCGAGGACCUUGGAUGACUUGACCUACUUCACGCGCACGAUCAUUGAGAUGAAGCCAUGGGUUUACGACCACUCUGUACAUCCGCUGGAAUGGCGUUCUCACGUCGAGAAGCAGUUCUCGGGGAAGAAGAGGCUGAGAGUUGGUAUGCUUCGGACGGACGGCGUCGUUGACCCCAGUCCUGCCUGUGCUAGGGCGCUGGAAAUUGCCGAACAGGCUCUCGCUAGGGAGGGGCACGAGAUUGUGGAGAUCAGCCCUCCGGACAUGUAUAGGGCCCUCAAGCUGGGGUCGGUGCUCUUGAAUGCAGAUGGAUGCAGGACCUUCAAGUCCUUCAUGAGGAGUGGUGAGUGGGAAGACCGAGGCGCAAACCAGAUGAGCUGGUACAUGAGUCUGCCGCGACCCUUCAAGUGGGUGUAUCACCUGUGGGUCAAGUAUUUCCGCGGCGACCACAUCUGGGCAGGGCUAUUGAGGGACUGGCACCCCAAAUCGGCCGAGCAGAACUGGAAGUUGGUCGCCGAGAGAGAGUCCUACAGAGCUGAGUGGUUUGAGUGGUGGAACCAGACUGAUAUCGACUUCAUCCUAUGCCCACCAAACGCUACACCUGCUGUUCCCCAUGACGGAAUGAAGGAUGCCGUUAGCAGUUGCGGCUACACGUUCCUAUGGAAUAUUCUUGACUACACCGCUGGUAUCGUUCCUAUCACUCACGUCAACCAGGCCUUGGAUGGUCUACCGCCUGGUUUUAAAAACAAAAAGUUGAACGCUGUUGCACAAGGUGCGUAUAAAGUGUAUGACGCAGAGGCCAUGCAUGGGCUCCCCGUUGGCGUGCAGGUAGUCGGCCGCAGAUUGGAGGAGGAAAAGGUUUUGGCAGUCAUGAAAAGAUUGGAAGAUGCACUGGGCGACGCCAGGUACGAUAUAAUGGCUAUUGACUAGGGAUCAUGUGAAGAGUUAUAAUGCCCGGCCUUACGGCACGUAAUACCAACAGCACAAACUGACCACCUGGGCAUUUGAUAAUUGGGCUUCUAUCAAGAGGAGCAGCGUACAUUAGUCUGCUUCGAAUAGUGUCUUAAGACUAGUAAUAUAUAUAGGAGCUGCUAGGUUUAGUAUAUAUAUCUCUUUAUUAUAAUGUUUAAUUUUAUAAACUAUUA